AUGCCAAUUGGACCGCCAUCGAACUUCUGGCGUACGCCCAUGAAACCAACGAAAGGUGGUAUCGAUGAAGUCAAGGGUAAGAUGAGCAUCAGCACUCUCUUGGCUGCCGCUGAGCUCCUUGAGAAACAGGACGGCGAGAGUGUCUCCGAUGAGAAGAAACCACGGCUGUUGAUGUACGACCGUGUGAUCACCCAAAAUGCCAUCACCGGUCAGCAUUCGGCCAGGGUUCAGCCAGAUGGGUCUCUCGUGUUUGCACCAAGGCACAGAUUCCCGCCACUGAGGGAACGGUUAAAGAGCCGCGUGAGGAUCGUCGGUGGGCUAGCGUCCCCAGACGACCCUCUGAACCUUGGUGUAUCACCACGUGGCCGCCGGGACAGCAACCCUCAGCGGUUACUCCCCGCACCUCAGGAACCACCUCAACGGGAGCCAAGAGAGAAAUGGAGUCCAUGGGUCGUCCCCACUCCUGUGCUGUUGUCUCCUGGUAGCAGCCGUUCGCCAAGCAGUAGCUCUGCGAAGUCCCAGGGGAGAAGGAAGAGCAAGACACGUGCCACCGGCGGUGGUAAAGUGUACAAGAGACCGCACCCUAUGGACGGGAAGCCCUGUAGCCACUGCGGGAACCUGGAGAAGACUCCCGAGUGGCGUUCAGGACCUUACGGGUUCACCAGGAAGAUAUGCAACGCCUGCGGUCUGUUCUUCCGCAAGUUGAAGAAGAAAUUCAGCGUCAGGGAGGCAAACCUGUUCAUGCAGUACAGGCUGUCCCAAGGUGGCAAGAACAGGAGGGUGCCCUGCACCAUCGAGGUCCCUGCGGACUUCAUCAAGCAGCUGGAGAAUAAUCCCUCCAUCACUGGGAACUACGAGACCCGGGGUGAAGUCUGA